AUGCCGUUCGGGAAAACGGUAUUUCUGGGUGCCAUCUUGGCCAUGGGCCGGAUGAGCGAAGCGAAGCAGGUCAUUAACAAUGUCUGGUACUGUAAUGAGGUCAACAAAAUGCAGUACACCAAUGUUGGGUGCUCUGGUACUUUCAAGACUCCGAGCAUCAUGUCGGAUAACAGUGGUUCUUGCUCCGUUGAUUACGCGGAGCGAACCUAUAGCGGUCCAUUAGCGCCUCUUAACGAGCAGAUCACAUUCCAUCUUCGAGGCCCCCUUAAGUUGUACAACUUUGCGGCCUAUUACAUUGAUAAUACUCCAGAAGAUGAAGAGGACAUCCCAGAGGGUUAUCAAAAGCGUGAGGAGGCGCCACACAAGCAUCGUCGAUUCGAACACAUUCAUCAUCAUAAGAGGAAGUUGAAUAUAAAGACCGAAGUCGUCGAGGAGGUCGUUACCCUCACGCAAUACGUUGACGCUCCAGCCCCAACCACUUCCACCACCUCGAAGGUCGUUGCAGCCCCAUCAGCCGUUGUUGCUAACGCCUACAAGGCUCAUGGAAAGAGCAGCAAGCCAAAGAAGCCAGCGAAUGGUGAUCUCUGGAAGAGGGCUGGGUUCUACGACUCCGGCAAGCAGAUCCUCGAAGGUGUCACUUUCUUGAACAACAAGGGCGGUAUUGGCUCUGGAAAGUGGACCAGCUGUUUCGGAAAUUCUCUUUCGCAUAUGUCUGCCGAUGGAAAGGAUGGCUCCGCCACGCCCCAAAUCCUUGCCGACAACACUCUCUUCGGUGUCAAUGAAGAAUUCUCGAUCUGGACCAAUCAGACAUGUGAUGGGACCUGCGGUUAUGCUUAUGGGGACGAUGUCUGCUAUCGCGGAUGGGACGGUGAUAACAAAGUUUUCGUUUUCAAGUUUACCAUGCCACCUGCUCACACUGACGACAGCAACAUCUAUGGCAACUCCAACAUGCCCGCUAUCUGGUCUUUGAACUCUUUGAUUGGACGUACUCAACAAUACCCUGCUGACAAAAACUGGUCCUGCUGGGAUUCCGGUUGCGGUGAAUUCGAUAUCUGGGAAGUUCUCUACCCACAGGCUCCAGCUUGCGAGUACAUGACAUCGACUCUCCACAGCGCUCAAGGAAACCCCGGCACCGGAAAAGGAGGUGGUGGUACUUGCGACUACUUCAAGCGUCCUACUGAUACUACAUUCACCGGUAUGGUCUCUUAUCUCAGUGAUGGUACUAUUACUAUCCAGAAGCUUGACGAUGAUUUCGACUUCCCCGAAUACAUCACCACGGACAUCAUCAAGAAGGGAUUUUCUGCCGACAUGCCUUCCUUCAAGGUUUCUUCGUAA